AUGCUCCAGCUCCAUGGAACCAUCUCCCACGACAUAUCAAGACUGUAUUUCAGUUAUUCGUCAUCUUCUGUAACACACAGAUCAAGGCUGUAUUUCAGUUAUUCGUCAUCUUCUGUAACACACAGAUCAAGACUGUAUUUCAGUGAUUCGCCAUCUUCUGUAACACACAGAUCAGGACUGUAUUCAACUGAUUCGUCAUCUUCUGUAACACACAGAUCAAGACUGUAUUUCAGUGGUUCGUCAUCUCCUGUAACACACAGAUCAAGACUGUAUUCCAGUUAUUCGUCAUCUUCUGUAACACACAGAUCAAGACUGUAUUCCAGUUAUUCGUCAUCUCCUGUAACACACAGAUCAAGACUGUAUUCCAGUUAUUCGUCAUCUUCUGUAACACACAGAUCAAGACUGUAUUUCAGUGAUUCGCCAUCUUCUGUAACACACAGAUCAAGACUGUAUUUCAGUUAUUCGUCAUCUUCUGUAACACACAGAUCAAGACUGUAUUCCAGUUAUUCGUCAUCUCCUGUAACACACAGAUCAAGACUGUAUUCCAGUUAUUCGUCAUCUUCUGUAACACACAGAUCAAGACUGUAUUUCAGUGAUUCGUCAUCUUCUGUAACACACAGAUCAAGACUGUAUUUCAGUUAUUCGUCAUCUUCUGUAACACACAGAUCAAGACUGUAUUUCAGUUAUUCGUCAUCUCCUGUAACACACAGAUCAAGACUGUAUUCCAGUUAUUCGUCAUCUUCUGUAACACACAGAUCAAGACUGUAUUUCAGUGAUUCGCCAUCUUCUGUAACACACAGAUCAGGACUGUAUUCCAGUGAUUCGCCAUCUUCUGUAACACACAGAUCAAGACUGUAUUCCAGUGAUUCGCCAUCUUCUGUAACACACAGAUCAGGACUGUAUUCAACUGAUUCGCCAUCUUCUGUAACACACAGAUCAGGACUAUAUUCAACUGAUUCGUCAUCUUCUGUAACACACAGAUCAAGACUUUAUUCAACUGAUUCGUCAUCUUCUGUAACACACAAAUCAAGACUGUAUUCCAGUGGUUCGUCAUCUUCUGUUAAACACAUAUCUAGACUGUAUUCCAGUGGUUCGUCAUCUCCUGUAACACACAGAUCAAGACGGCAUUCCAGUGAUUCGUCGUCCUCUGUAAAUAAAAUUGUCAAGGAAAGAGAAUAACCAAUCUAGAUUAUCCGCCGAAACAGAUUCCAUUGGGCGGAAAGUGCAAAAGAGAUGGGAAGUUAUAUGGAUUGACCACAGAAAAUCAGUGAUGACACCAAGUGUUUGCGAAAAGUGUAAGCAUGUCCUGCUCUACCGGUAGCACCCACCAUUCACAUAGUUUACAAAAGAAAGUAAGUAUUUAUUACCUGACGCCGCACAGCUGUACUCCUGCCAUGCGACGGCGACCUGUAACCAAACCAGACAAUCAUGAUUGAUGAACCUAAACAUCUAGUGACACGAUAGUGCAUUUACUGAUUUUGUGGAGACCAAUAAAAUAUAUUUGUUAA